AGUAGUGAAAUUCGGUUUUGUCUAUCAACUAUAAAUUUCUACUGUCUCUCAGCGGUUGACAAUACACAAAAGGCACUUACAAUAAUUAUCAAUUAGUAUAAUACCGUGGAAUAAUAUGUUGGUAAGUUUUUAUUAUUGUGAAUGGUCAGUUGAAUACAACUGUGAAUAGUUGAAAAAAAAUACGAUAUAAUAGAAAACGACAGCUAGCCUCGCCAUUUUUAGUAUGACAUGUUUGACGCGUUGUCUGCGAUUUGAUAUUACUUGAAAAAAUUUUAAUUUAUUUAAACAUUUGUGGGUGUUUGGAAUGGGUAUAAAUUAGAAAAAAUAAUAGACUGAAAAUUAAGGAAGAUUUAUAGUGAAUUUCGCAAAAUGGAUGAAGCGACUUCAACUAAAAAAGUUGGAAAGCAACAUAAUACGCUACCACUGUGGGGAAAUGAGGCCUCCAUGAAUUUAAAUCCACUUAUACUUGCAAAUAUACAAGGUUCUAGUUAUUUUAAAGUGCAUUUGUUUAAAUUGAAGACUUACCAUGAGGUUGUUGAUGAGAUUUAUUACCAAGUCAAACACAUGGAACCAUGGGAACGCGGCUCUCGAAAAACAUCCGGACAAACCGGCAUGUGUGGCGGAGUGCGUGGUGUAGGUGCUGGGGGGAUUGUAUCGACGGCGUACUGUUUACUUUACAAGCUGUAUACAUUGAGAUUAACACGCAAGCAAGUUAAUGGAUUAUUAAACCAUACAGAUUCGCCUUAUAUACGCGCACUAGGUUUUAUGUAUUUACGUUAUACACAACCACCGGCUGACUUGUACGAUUGGUAUGAGGACUACCUACAAGAUGAAGAAGAAAUUGAUGUUAAAGCCGGUGGUGGGCAGAUGAUUACGAUUGGUCAAAUGGUUUAUCAGUUUCUAACCAAAAUUGAUUGGUUUUCUACACUAUUUCCGCGAAUUCCUGUGCCAAUACAAAAACAAAUUGAAAAAAAACUAGAGCUGUAUUGUCGUACAAAUCAAAUAACUUUGCACCAGUUAAGUACAGGGCGUGGCGUGGCAGCAGCAUCGCAAGAUAAUAGCUAUAACGAUGAUAGCUAUAAUCGUCGCGGUGGUGCAGUUAGUGGCAGAGAUAUAAAUAGUGAACGUGAUUAUCCACCUUUGACUAAUUAUCGCACAGAACAUGAUGAUCGAGAUCGUGGUAGAGGACGGGAGCGGGAAAGAGAUUAUUAUCAAACCGCUUCGUCCAGCAGUUACCGCCGUCAUGAAUAUUCCUCGCCUGCCAAAGAAAGAGAACGACGCUCUAGUCGCGAACGUGAAAAACAUCAUGAGAAAAGCAAGAAAAAGCGUAAGCACAAGCAUCAUUCACGCAGCAGAAGCAAUAGUCAAAGUCACAGUCGUCAUGAGCGCAAACAUGAACGGGAACGUAGUGGUCACACUAAAAGUCGUGAUGACUACGAAGAACGCAGAUAUCGGUAGAUAUGUUUAUUCAUAUUUAUGAAUAUUCAUAUGCAAAACUAGUUAAAAACAAUUUAUUAUUUAAACUAUUCAACAUGAACACAAAGAAAUAGCAAAAAUUAUUUGUUGAAACAAUCUUUUUGUUAUUAGAAUUUUUAUGAAUUAACUUUCUAAUGUAAGUGUGUUAUUUAAGCCAUAGUAAACCUUUAAUCUAAUUAUAAUAUUCAAUCAGAUUGUUAAACUCAGGUAAAUUGUUGAACUUUUUUUUUUUUUAACGCACUGCAUAAACAAAUAUUUGUUUUUGCAGAAUAUAAUGUUCUUUAAUUCUUUAUCUAAUAAAACGGUUACUUCAACUCAA